AUGACCUUUGAAGUCUAUUUUCAAGCUCUUCCAGAAAUUAAAGACCUGGUUCAAGAAUUAUCCCUGCUGUAUACGCUGGCCAGAGAGCAGCACUGAGGAGAAAAGAUGGAGCAGCGGCCAGGGAAGACAACCCACGCCCAGAGGAACCUCUUUGGCCCCGUAGACCACGAGCAGCUGUGGCAGGACUUCCAGCACAUGCUGUACAACAGUGUUGAGGGGGUCCAGCAGAAGGGGAACUUCGAUUUCCUCUGGGACGUGCCAGCAGAGGGGCUCCUGCAGUGGGAAGAGCUCAAAAGCCAGGAGGUGCCCACCUUCUACCACAGCUGCGUGGUGGGAGAUGGUCAGAGACCACUGCAGCACCUGAACUGGCCCCUGGGCAGGGAGGACAGGAGUCACGUGGCUCAGGUGGCACUGACUGAGAAACCCAAAACUUCCAAGAAAACAGGGAGCAAGAGGAUCUGGGAAGGGAAGAAGACGAGACAGACAUGGUUAGCAGAUUACUACUCGGCAAAGAAGCGAAUCAAAACGAAUACGCAAGACGCUUCAAAGAAGGCAGCUUCUUGAAAGCCAGGAGAGGACUGGACUGGAGCAGUUGGAAACAUCUGCCAAGCUUCCUCAACCUUCAGAAAC